AUGACACAAAUCUUCCUUACUGGUGCCACGGGCUAUAUUGGGGGCGAAGUCCUCCACGCUUUGCAGCUUGCUCAUCCCGAUUAUAAGGUUGCCGCCUUGAUCAGAGAUAAUGGAAAGGCCAGCAAGGUUUUAGCUGCAUUUCCCAAGGUCCGUGUAGUCCUUGCGGAUUUGGACAAUAUCGAAGUUAUUGAAGAAGAAUCGCGCAAAGCCGAUAUUGUUAUCCAUGCUGCUAGUAACAAACAUCUCGAAAGCGUAAAAGCGAUCGCAAAGGGCCUGGCGGGGCGUCAAAAUGCCUAUUACAUUCAAGUUACCGGGGUUAGCGUUCUGGCAGGCCCCGAGGUUGAUAACAACUCAUAUGGCGAGCCCUCGGAUCAAAUCUUUGAUGAUUUGGAUAGCGUUGCUGAGCUCCGGGACAUAAUUCGAGCGUACAAAGAUCGUCGGGUGGUGGAUAACUACAUUCUUGACUUGGGAUCAGGUGGUCCCAAAACCGCCAUCGUCUUGCCUCCUAUCAUAUUUGGCACUGGUAAAGGUCCUGUGAAUCAACGCAGCAUCCAGGUUCCCGCCUUGGCCCGGGCCGCUCUGCUUCAACGCGUUGGUCUAUAUCUGGGCAGGGGAUUAAGUCGAUGGGGCAUUAUUCAUGUCUCUGAUUUGGCUAACCUUUUUGUCAAAUUGGUGGAGCAUGCUGUCAACGCAACGCCCGGUCUUAUCUGGAAUGAAAAUGGCCUUUUCUUUGCUGAAAAUGGCUUCGAGAGCUUCAAGGAAAUCGCUUUACUAAUCGCCAAAGAGGCGCAUAGCCUCGGUUACAUUGAUUCACCUGAUGCGGUGAAAUCUAUGAAUCUUGAUGAGGCCAAUGUAGUGAUACCCUAUGGAAGUGCGUUUCUGGGUACCAAUGGCCAAGGUCAGGCUUCGCGCGGAAGAAAGUUAUUAGGAUGGCAACCAGAUGGCGAGAGCUUCCAAAACGCGGUGCGGGAGGCAAUCAUUGCUGAAGCGGCACAUCUGUGA